AUGUUAGAGAAGAGUGAUGUUGGAAAAGAGGUAUCAGAAAAGGGGAAGGUGGUGUUGGGAAAGAAUGAGUUUGGAAAAGGUGAUAUUGGGAAAGGUUUGUUAUUAGAGAAGAGAUUGUUAUCAGACACCAAAAACAAUGAUAUAUCAAAAGCCAUGGUGACUCCAAAUGCAACUACAACUUCAAAACAGCAAUUUAACAGGUGA